AUGCCGCCGCCUCUGGUGUCAGAGUCCACUGCUCCAACUUAUCCUGGCAGUUUCGUCCUCAGCCUAUUGGCAGCAGCUGUGUUUCACUCGGUCCCUCACAGCACUUCGUCUCGCCGGGAUUUAAGCGUGAGCCUAAACUCUGAAGCGCUAAUGUCACCGGAGCUGGAGCUGGAGUUCACCGACCCUCGGCUACAUGGCGACUUAACGACUCAGUUCCACGACUCCUAGACCCGAGCAGCGCAGUGCGCCACUACUUCCACCAAAAAUGUCCCGCAACGAGUACGACGACACCACUCCUUUACUCCGAGACGACGAUGUCUGUGGGGGGUCUCUGGAAACCGAGGAGGACUACAGGAGUCGCUGGAGGUCCAUCCGAGUCAUGUACUUCACCAUGUUCCUCAGCAGCGUCGGUUUCACUAUUGUCAUCACGUCUGUGUGGCCCUAUUUACAAAAGGUUGAUCACAGUGCUGAUGCCAGCUUCCUGGGAUGGGUAGUUGCUGCCUACAGUCUUGGACAGAUGGUGGCCUCUCCUAUUUUUGGCUGGUGGUCUAAUUCCCGGCCCAGCAAGGAACCGCUGGUGUGCUCCAUCUUCUUAAACUUGUCAGCCAAUAUCUACUAUGCCUACGCAUACCUGCCCAUGACCCAUAACAAGUUCCACGUGCUCGUGUCCAGAGCCUUUGUAGGCUUUGGUGCAGGUAAUGUUGCAGUGGCAAGAUCAUAUGUUGCUGGAGCAACGUCACUAAAGGAGAGGACCAAUGCCAUGGCAAACAUGAGUGCUGCUCAGGCUCUGGGCUUCAUACUGGGUCCAGCUCUCCAGGCUGGCCUGUCGUUCAUCGGGGAGCGAGGGGUCACAGUGGACUUCAUACGGCUGCAGCUCAACAUGUACACCUCCCCAGCUUUGCUCGCUGCGCUGUUUGGCCUCAUCAACAUCCUGCUUGUUCUCUUUUUGCUGAAAGAGCACCAUGUUGAUGAUCACGGAAGGCAAGUCCAAGCGAUCAACUACUCAUCAGAUGAUACAGCUGAUAUUGAAGAACCUGAAGAGUCCAUAGACCUUGUGGCUGUGCUCACAUCCAACAUCCUCUUCUUCGUCGUCAUGUUCAUAUUUGCCAUCUUUGAGACAAUUACUACGCCCUUGUCCAUGGACAUGUUUGCCUGGACGAGGAAACAGGCUGUCCUGUACAACGGCAUCAUUCUUUGUGGGAUCGGAUUCCAGUCAAUCUUGGUCUUUUUCGUUGUAAAAGUGACCGCCAGAAGGUUUGGGGAUCGGCCUGUUUUUCUUGCAGGCUUGGCAUUUAUAUUCUGGGGCUACUUUAUUCUGCUUCCGUGGGGAAAUCACUACCCAAAAAUCCAGUGGGCAGAUGUCAGAAACAACUCUCUGAUCAGUAGGAUGUCCACAACCACGGCAGCCUCGAACAGCUCUGUGGAGCAAACAGGCUGCCCGUAUGAGCAGACCUGGUGUCAGUAUACGCCUGCGAUAUACCUGGCUCAGUACAUCGCCUCGGGCAUCAUCAUUGGUGUGGGAUACCCAGCAUGCAAUGUCAUGUCCUACACAUUGUAUUCAAAAAUCCUCGGGCCUAAACCUCAGGGCGUGUACAUGGGAUGGCUCACGGCUUCGGGCAGCGGGGCACGAACACUGGGCCCUAUUUUUGUUUCCAACGUCUACACUCACCUGGGCCCCCGCUGGGCCUUUGGGUUCAUCUCUGGUUUGGUGCUGGGGGGCUUCAUCCUGCUCAGCUCGGUCUACCGCAGACUCAUCGCCUUCUCUGUGCGCCACGGAAGGAUUGUUGAAUAACUGCUAAUAUUGCAAUAAUUAAUUAGGGUGGUACUACUGGUUUUAGCUCAUUUACCUUCUCUAUCAGCAGCGUUGUGUUGCUGUUGAUUAUUGUAAAAUGCCGUUACUGAUGAGCUUGUAAGACGGGUUUUGACCUUUUCGACUGUACUUGACAGAGAUGAGGCCAGGCUGUUUGCCAUGACUUGGCCAAAGAGGGCUGCAGGGAGCUACAGUUGCAGCUAUUGCUUCCACUCACUUGUUGUUAGAGAUUAAAUUUAACACAUAUUUAUGGAAUGUGUCUUUUAAAAAUAAAUAUACAAUUUGUUUAAAUGAAGCAUUUUCACAUAAACAUUCCCGUUUUGAACCAGUUGUUUUUAGAUACCUGAAAAGAUAGUUUUGGGUUCAGGCUGGGUGAUAUCUAAUAAAAUUCAUAUGUUGAUAUUUUUUCUGAAAAUGGUGAUGUGCAAUAUACAAUUUCAUGUAUCUAUUUUUUUCCCUCAUUAAAAUUUUGCCACAAAUACAA